GGCGGCGACUGGGGCCUCGGGUGGCGUGGUGGCGCCGGCGCCUCCGUGCGCGCCCCCUCCCCAGCUCCGGGCCUCUGCUCCUCCCCCUGCCCGGUCCCGCCCAAGUGCGCCUGAAGCCCGUGCCGGGAGCAGGCGGUGGAGAGGGGACGAGGACGGCGAUCGGGAGGGCGGAGCUCAGCGCAGCGCGGCGCGGGCAUGGACGCGGAGUACCCUGCCUUCGAGCCGCCCCUCUGCAGCGGCCUCAAGCAGCUGUGCCAGCGGCUGCAGGAGGCGUACCGCGAGCUCAAGGAGGACCUGGCGCCGUUCAAGGAUGACCGCUACUACAGGCUGGCGCCCAUGCGGCUCUACACACUGUCCAAGCGCCACUUCGUCCUGGUGUUCGUCGUCUUCUUCAUCUGCUUUGGACUGACCGUCUUCGUUGGGAUCAAGGGACCCAAAGUGAUCCAGACCUCUGCGGCAAACUUCUCACUGAAUAGUAGCAGAAAGCUAAAGCCAAUUCAAAUACGUUCAAACCCACUGUCUACAUAUAACCAACAACUAUGGCUGACGUGUGUUGUCGAGCUGGAGCCCUCAGAAGAAACAUCUAUUCAAACCAGCUUUUCCAUGACUGUGAAAGUCAACGGUGUGGCUCAAGAUGGAACCACGAUAUACAUUCACAACAAGGUUCACAAUCGGACCAGGACACUCACGUGUGCGGGGAAAUGUGCAGAAAUCAUCGUGGCCCACCUCGGCUACCUGAAUUACACUCAGUACACGGUGACCGUGGGAUUUGAACACCUGAACCAGCCCAUCAAGGAGAUGAACUUCACAUGGAAGACAUACAACCCUGCAUUUUCCCAGCUGGAGAUCUGGUUCCGAUUCGUGUUUGUGGUGCUCACCUUCAUCGUCACCUGCCUGUUUGCACAUUCCCUGCGCAAGUUCUCCAUGAGAGACUGGGGCAUCGAGCAGAAGUGGAUGUCCGUUCUCCUGCCGCUGCUGCUGCUCUACAAUGACCCCUUCUUCCCGCUCUCCUUCCUGGUGAAUAGCUGGUUCCCGGGAAUGCUGGACGACUUCUUCCAGUCUCUGUUCCUGUGCGCCCUGCUGCUCUUCUGGCUGUGUGUGUAUCAUGGGAUACGGGUCCAGGGAGAAAGAAAAUGCUUAACUUUCUAUUUGCCUAAAUUCUUCAUCGUUGGACUGUUGUGGCUGGCUUCUGUUACGCUGGGAAUAUGGCAGACAUUUAAUGAAUUGCACGAUCCCAUGUACCAAUAUCGUGUUGACACGGGGAACUUUCAGGGCAUGAAGGUCUUCUUCAUGGUGGUGGCCGCUCUGUACAUUUUAUACCUCCUAUUCUUGAUCGUGCGGGCGUGCUCUGAGCUCCGUCACAUGCCUUACGUGGAUCUCAGGUUGAAGUUUUUGACUGCAUUGACCUUUGUAGUGCUUGUUAUUAGCAUCGUCAUCCUCUAUCUGAGGUUUGGAGCUCAAGUGUUGCAAGACAACUUUGUAGCGGAACUGUCGGCUCACUACCAGAACUCAGCAGAAUUCCUGUCUUUCUAUGGCCUGCUGAACUUUUACCUCUACACGCUGGCCUUUGUGUAUUCGCCAUCGAAGAAUGCUCUGUACGAGUCCCAGCUAAAAGACAACCCUGCCUUUUCCAUGCUGAACGAUUCCGAUGAUGAUGUGAUUUACGGGAGUGACUACGAAGAAAUGCCCCUCCAGAACGGUCAGGCCAUCCGGGCCAAGUACAAGGAGGAGUCGGACAGUGACUGAGCCCUGGGCGGCAGAGGGGACGGCAGAGGGGCCGGAGGCCUGCCUUAGUGAUGUGUCCUGGUCCUUUCUUCUACAUGUGUGUGUUUGGACUCCUCCUGUAAGCAGAGGUUUCCUGUUCCUUAUUUGUUUACAUAUUUUUUAAAGAAAAACCAAAUGAAAUGAAAUGUUGGUUGGAUUUGCUGUCGGGGUAGCUCCACUAGUUACGAAGAGGCUGCUGGUAGAGAAUCCAAAGGCAAACCCUUUCACAGAGAUGCCGGAUGAAACGGAGCCUGUGUGCGAUGAGGAGGAGAGAUGACCUGUUUUAAUAAAAGGAAUGAUGUACUUUUUUUUUCCUCUUAAAAAGCAAUUUGCGCCGGGCGGUGGUGGCGCACGCCUUUAAUCCCAGCACUCGGGAGGCAGAGCCAGGCGGAUCUCCGUGAGUUCGAGGCCAGCCUGGGCUACCAAGUGAAUCCCAGGAAAGGCGCAAAGCUGCACAGAGAAACCCUGUCUCGAAAAACCAAAAAAAACAAAAAAAAACGAAAAAAAAAAAAAAAAAGCAAUUUGCUAACUCUGAGUCUGUGGGAGGCCUGAUGAUCAAGGUCCCAACAUGGCAGUCUCUUCUCCAUGGCACAGUUCCUUAGUGCUUUACCCUCAAAGGGAAGCCUGGCCUGCCUUGGGUGGGCAGUCUGCCUCCAUCUCCACAGACACAUGGAGUGGUCAGUGCGCUGACUCCCGAGCAUCUGGAAUGAUGGUUGAGUUUGGUGAGCCGCAUACGAUGUAACUUUCAGGAAUGGUGGGUGACGAGGUCGGUCACUGCCCCAGAGCAGAAGUGAUAACACAGUUGAGUCGGGUGUGUGUGUGUGUGUGUGUGUGUGUGUGUGUGUGUGUGAGAGAGAGAGAGAGAGAGAGAGAGAGAGAGAGAGAGAGAGAGAGAGAGAGAGAGAGAGAAGAGAGAGACUGAGAGACUGAGAGAAGCUAAGGUGUCUACAAGCCAGUAGCCCUGUGGGCAAGGUCUUGUACCAUGGUGCUUUUGAAGGGUCUGUGUGCAAGUAUCUGUGUACAUGGUUAAGACUGGGUCUUCUUGUGGUAAAGAUGGAAAACAGGGUGGCCCUUCCCAUUCCAAGAGUUUCUGCAACUCUACUGAGUGUGAAACCCCAAAGAGUUCCUGUUUGUUUUUUCUUCUUUUUUUUGUUUGUUUAAUGAAAGCUACAUGAAAUACUACUAUAUUAGAAAUUCUUUAUUGCCAAAAAGGUCUUCAGUUUAACAUUUGGAACUGAAAUGGAGAGAAAGGUAAACAUUUUGAAUGGCUAUGGAGACACCUUCAGAUAAAGGAACUUCCUUGAAGGUCGUUGUGUCCUUGGAGUGUUGCUCUGUGGAGAACGGAUGUCACCUGCACUAGUGAGAUUCAGCGCUGGAAGUCCUAAGCGCCGCUGCCUUCCAUCACACUCCGUGAACACCUGGUAACGGUAGCCAUCCCGUUGCCUCCAUCUUGGCAAAUCCAGAGGCCCAGGAACAGGUGGACCCCUCUUCAGGCAACACCAUGUUCUCGUCAUCUAUGCACCGACUCAGAUUUCUGCUCUGAGCUGUGGGGUCCUAGCCAGAUGGGCCGGGACCCCAGGGAUGCCUGGAGAUUCUUCAUUCUGCCGGCCUGUCCUUUUAAACUUCGGUGUACUUCAAUAUGGAUUCCAUGUGCAUUGUUUUAAAAAAACAACAAAAAACCUUGCAAAUAGGAAUAUUUGAAUGAACCUCUAGUUGCAAGGGUAACAGGUUUACAGAUUUUUACACUCACAGCGCGGUGAUCACUCGUGUUCUGAGAUACUGGAAGGUCCGUUGUUACCAACGCUCACAACUCCUAAUAGAGCACUGCAUCCAUCGGUCAUCAUCUGGACACUGACUCCUGCUGAUUCCAUGAUGUUCUAACAUGUGAUAGUUUACUUGUUUUAAUCAUUCCCAAAAGUUCCCCUUGAUUUAGAAUGCUAUUUAUCAGUCAGUGUAAGGUAUUUUAAGCAUUUAUGUACAGACUUUAGGACUUUUAAAAACUGUCCCACAGCAUAAUUAUAAACUGAUCCUAGUGUCUGUGAAAUUAACAUAAGGGAAUAUUUUGUUGUUGUUGUUGGAAAUAAGAAUCACAAAGAGGCACUUAAGGGGAAGAGGUCAUUAAGUUGUGUUCUCACCCUUCUCCAGUGUCAUGUAGUCAUGUAUGAUAUGCGAUGUAUUAUUUGCUUACAGAUCUGGAGACUUCGGCGAGUAGGCUGAAGCUGUAGGUGUCAGGUUAAAAUGCUCAACUCCGCCGGAAACUUUUAUAGUAAUGAGAAGAUUGUUUUGCUCUGAGGAGAUUAAAGUUUUAUAAACUUAAGUUACAAAUUCAAAGGGCUGACAAGUUCUUUCAGGGUAAGGGUUUGAGUAAUACUGUCUCUGGGUAUUUUUGAUAUUGGUCCACUCUAGGGGAACCUGGAAGAUGAGGAGAUGUCUCCUGGCUUCCCGAGAGAGCUCUGUUAUCCCUGUGGAUAGGGAGUUGGCUUGAUUUAUUGUCAAAUCAUUGUAGCGGUGACAUGGUGCCUUCAAGCCCAUUGAAUGGCUAGAGAAGUGGGUAUGUAAAUAUGCGUGAGGCUCGCAAGACGGUCUCUGUGGUUACAGACUGCAGUGAAUUCAGACAGCAGACCUCACCAGGCUCCAGUGCUGAGCCACUGAAGUCGCAGGUACACUAAACAGGUUCGAAGAUGGUUACUAAUCUUCACAGGAAACACACAAGCACCCACGAAAGGGAGAAGUAAAAGGGCCUUCUCUGUGAGCGCUCCAUGAGGAACAGACCUGACACCUGAUGUGUGUUUGUAUAUUUGAGGGUUUAGAUAUCCGUUGCCUUAGUGAUUAGAUUUCUUUGGGGGGGGGGGGGGGAGUACAACUUUUUUCAGGCCAAAGGGAAACUGAUUUAGUCUGACACCUUGCUCAACAGUUUAUCUUGGUGUUUUGGGUGCUUCUAGGUAUAAUACAUUUAACGACACAUCCUGUGGCACAGAACAGGUGUGAUUCCAUCCUGUGACACGGAACAGGUGUGAUUCCAUUCUGUGGCACGGAACAGGUGUGAUUCCAUUCUGUGACACGGAACAGGUGUGAUUCCAUUCUGUGGCACAGGAUUUUCUGCUCCUGAAAACUGCCUUUUUUACAAAUGUCUGUAAAUGUUAAGUAAAAACACUAGGCUCUCAGUCUAGAAGGAACACUGGAACUGUGGGUUAAUGAUAGUUAGGCCAUCCGUGGGGCAUGUAUCACCUGGGCAGUCAGUCAAGGGGUAAAUAAAUGCUUAUUUAUGAAGAACUCAAUAAAACUCUUGUUUCGGGAA